CGUGGCAGUGUCCUUUUCCUUCUUUUUCUUCUUAUCACGAUUUCUUCUACGCCGUCAUGCGAUUUUGUUAAAGACUGCGCGAGCAAUACAUACACUCUUCACUCUUUACCUCCCUCUGUUAUACCCACCGUCGAGCGAAUGGACCACUCGCCAAAAUGCUUAUAAAUUCUCCCUUCUCCGCGCUUUACCUGCGCUGGAAGCAGCUGCCUAACCUCCAUAAGGUGAUAUCUGUGUCCGGCCUGUUUAUCUUUUUGUUAGUUAUAUUUCUUCAGCCUAAUCCCGAUGUUGCACGCGAUGGGUGGAGCCGUCUUACACACUCCGACACUGGCCCUCUGGCGGGCGGAAUUCCUCUUCGUGUUAUGUUCAUAGGCGCUUCUAUGACUCUCGGUGAGCACUCGACUGGCGAAGUCGGUUACCGAAAACAACUUCGCGACUGGAUGGUUGCCAGAGGUAAUCCCGUCAAUUAUGUCGGCCAGAACCGAUAUGGUGAUUUCAAAGACAAUGACGUCCAAGCAUUCGGUGCCCAACCUAUAAAACCGACCCUCGACCGUCUUAAAGAAGUUGUACCUCAGACCCAACCGAACUUAGUCAUAAUCAAUGCUGGAUCGAGCGAUUGUUUUCAGUUGGACCAUUGGGGACCGGCAUACGUCUUCCAGAAAAUGCGCGACCUGGUUGACUUUAUCUUCGAAGCCUCGCCGCGAAGUACCGUUAUCAUGUCCACCAUCAUAAUGAGCCCGUGGGAAGGCACGGAACGUUGCGUCAGGAGCUCCAAUGCCCAAAUACGCCAGGUAGCUAUCGAUCUUAUUCGAGAGGGCAAGCCGGUGGUUAUGGCUGAAAUGCAUCAUGACCAGGGCCUACCGAAUCGCGUUGUGAAGCAGGAUAUUGGACCUGACGAUAUGCACCCUACAGACAAGGGUUACUUCAAGAUGGGAGACAUCUUCAUAGAAAAGAUCAUAGAAGUUGAGAAAAAUGGCUGGCUACAGGCCCCGGUCGAAAAUGGCGUCCCAGCAGAUGGCGAGGCUGCUAGAGAUGCUGAAGAUGCAAUCAAUGCGAAUCAAGAGAAGGUAAAAGAGAAAGAAAAUAAGGAGAAAGAACAAAAGGAAGGCAAGGAAAGUCAGGACAAGAAGGAAAAGAAGUCCCCUAGCAGAAGAAGCCACGAAUGGGGAAGAGCGCUCAACAGGCGGCACAUGGCCGUUUAAUGAUGUUAUAAUGCAAUGUCAACGCGUCUUAGUAGCUUUCGCUUGGCUGAAGAGAGCUUGCAUAACACACAGGACUCGAAGGUAGGGCCGGCUAUUAUUUCUUGCAAAUAAUCACCGGCAUUCGAAGCUGUCGAGUAUGUUAUCUGGGUUCAUGACGAUAUUGAACCCUUACUAUUAGAAGAUGUGCUUGCCCCACGGGCCUCUACUACUACUUGGCAUGUAUAGUAUGUAAGUUAGAUUCGAUGUAUGUAUUUCCGAGCUGGCAAAGACCUGGUGGUAAUCAUUGUGAACUAGUUAGAUUCAAGUCUACCUCGAAGCUGUCUAAUUGAGUUAAUUGAGUCGACUAUAAGUAUCUCAUGUUAUAUAUUUCAACUUCCCAAGACCGAUUU